AAUACGACGAUCCAUAAAUUCCUUUUCACACACAGAGAGAGACGCUCUCUGCUCUGUUUUUUGGGCCCCAAAAUUUUGUCGACGAAAACCUAAAAUCAUCGGAGAGCGAUCUCGAUGGCAGAAACCCCAGCCGAUCAGUCCCCGGCCCGAUCCCAGCCCGAAGCCCGCCCCGGAUCGGGCAAUCAGUACUGGUGCUACCACUGCGACAAGCGCGUUGCCGUCGAAACCCUCGGGGAUCUGCCCGACGUCGUCUGCUGCGACUGUAAAAACGGAUUCGUCGAGCUAAUUGCCGCCGCAGCCGUCCCCUCCGCCGCCGCCGCGGUGCCGGAUCCUUUGGAGGAUCCGAAUUUCGGGAGCCAGUUCAUCCAGGUGCUCCGCUUAAUCGCCCAGGCGGCAAGGGAGGAGGACGCGCCGCCUCCGCUGCCUUCCGAUCCGUCCAGCAACGAUUACCUCCAAAUCGAGCUGGACGAGUGGGACAACGACGAUGAGGAGGAGGAGGAAGAGGACUACGAGGAUGAGCACUCUGUGGAAGUCGUCCGCGAAGAGGAGGAUGAGGAGGUGGAGAAUCGCGAGCGCGGGGCGGGGAAUAACAGAUCCGUCGGCAGCGGCGAUGAGGAUGAGGAAGGGAUUGAAGUGGUUGCACGCGAGGACGACAACGACAACGAGGACGAAAUGGUUGAGAUGAUGCGCCGGCGCCGCGAUGUGCUCCGGCUCCGAUUGAGGGAUUUCGCCUCUCGCGCCGCCAGCAGGCGCAACCGUAUUCUCGAUUGGGCGGAUGUGCUGAUGGGGCUGGAGGACCACUCGAUCGAGCUGACGCUGCAGGUUCCAGAUUCGGAUACCUACGUCGGGAAUCCGGGGGAUUACGUCGACGCCUCUGAAUACGAGGCUUUGCUGCAGAACUUAGCCGAGAGUGACAGCGGAGCGCGGCGUGGGGCGCCUCCGGCUGCAAAAUCAGUGGUGGAGGGGUUGGAGGGUUUUCGGAUUGACAAAGAAGAGAACGUAAUUGCCUGUGCUAUAUGUAAAGAUACGGUGAAUGUGGGAGAAAUUGCGAAGAACUUGCCUUGUGGCCAUGGAUAUCACGGCGACUGUAUUGUACCGUGGCUUGGGGCGAGGAAUUCGUGUCCUGUUUGUAGGUUUGAGCUGCCAACAGAUGAUCCAGAGUAUGAAGAGGAUAGGAAGAAGAGAGUUGUGUCGGCCGGUUUAAGGGUGGCUUCGUCCAGUUCUUCUCCCUCCUCUGCUGCUGCUGCUAGCGGUGGUGAUAGUCCUGAUUCUGCCUUGGCGUAAAUUGUAUUGGUUGUCAAGUACUUAGGAAAGUUACUCGGGUGAAGGAAGAAACGGGUGUCGUUGGCUUAGAGUUGAGUACGAAAAUUGUUGGUGUCGCCAAAGAGCAAGUCUCAAAAUAGUGGCUGACGCACGACGAGAAUCUUACGGUAUGUUGUACUUCGUUUGCGAGAAGAAAGGUAAGGUUGGGGGUUGUCAUUUUUUUCGAUGGUGUUAUCCAAAGUCGAUGGACAAGGAUUCUGUUGGGCAGAUUCGUCGAGAAGACGUUGACGAAGUUGAAUCACAAAGUUGUGAAGAUCGAAAGUGUGGUCGGACAGUGGGAGCUGGAUGUAAAGGGAAAGAAUUUUUUCUUGUAUGUGUUGCUUGUUGUUCUUUAGUUGUUGCAAUUGCUGCUAUGGUUAUUAGUUUGGUAAAUUAGAUCCGUCUAUUGGAAGCUUAGUGUAAUACAAUUAUGUUCAGUUGAUUUGGGGAAGACAACUACAUUUGUUAUUAUUUUGGUACUACAUUUGUUAUUAUUUUGGUA